CCCCCCCCCCCCCCCCCCCCCCCCAACAUGAUAAACUAUUGGUACUGUCCACAUGCCCGCGGAAGUUCUGUAUCAAUGAUGGCGCCCAAAGCAGGUCGUCGAGGGACGAAGCGCAAAGCGCAGGUUCAGGCCGAGGAGGAGCAAACAUCCACGGCGGAGAAGAAGGACAGGGGAGGGGAUGAGCACGGCCAGGACGGCCUUAGGGUGGUCAUUGAACACUGUAAAAGCUGACGAGUGUAUGGGCGUAAUGCCGAGGAGGUGAAAUCCGCCCUCCUGGCUGCCCGACCUGGACUGACAGUGGUCCUGAAUCCUGAGAAACCCCGCAGGAACAGCUUUGAGAUCACUCUGCUGGAUGGAGGCAAAGAAACCUCUCUGUGGACGGGAGUAAAGAAGGGUCCACCUCGUAAGCUGAAGUUUCCUCAACCUGAUGUUGUGGUCUCUGCUCUGCGUGAAGCUCUGAAGGCUGAAUAGAUGUCCAGUGAAGCUGUGUAUUCGGGAGAAGUGACUGGUGGAAGCAAAAUGAUGAUGAGUGGCCAAGGAGAUGUUCUCAGUCCCUCCUCUGAUGAAGCAAGCACCAACUGGUGAUUUCUUCUGGGUACAUAGCGACACCUAGUGGAGGGUCUCCGUGUAGAAACGUUUCUGAUGCAGUCUUGCUGUUUUUUAAGUAGUUUUCUCUGGGCGGGGGGGUUGUUUCCUAUUGCUCAAAGGUUAAGUGUGCUUUUUGUGCAAGUUUUUUGAAUAAAUAAAGUGUUUAACAGUUUAA